CAGGGUGGUUAACAAGCUGCCCAGUGGCUGCAGAGAGAGGCUUCAGGGAGGAGCCCUGACCCCAGAGGGGCUCCUCACAGGCCGCUGGGCUCCGGGGGCUCCUAGUGGUGCUUGAGGCGGAGCCUUUGGAAGAGACGCUCGCCCAGCCCAGCCUGGGGGCCGGGCAGCCUGCGGAGGUUGGUCAGGCGGUCGCCCAUCUUCUUGCUCGGGCCCUCCGGCUUCUCCUCGGCCAGUUCGCCAAACGAUGUCUCACGCCCUCGCGAGCUGCUGCGUCGGGUCGAAAGAGAAGCGCAGAGACAGAGAAGUGAGGCGGGCAGACACCCGGAACCGUUGUUCGCGGGUGUUUGUUUCCCGCCGGAGCGGAUUUCUGGGGCCGCGUCUGGCCGAGACGGAGGCAGGAGCGGGAGCCGUCUCCGGGCUCUCCGAGUCCAUCACCCCGCGCGGCGGACAUCCUGGGGCCGCCCCUCGAGCCGCUUCCCACCGCACUCGGACCCGAGAGACCUCCGCACCGCGAGCCGGCGCCGGGAGGAUGCCGGGCAGCUGGCGCAGCCCGUUCUGGACCACUUGGCUGGAAGGAACUUCCUGGACCAUGGAGAGACUGCAGGGGCUCCAUAGAAUCUCUUGUUUCUGGUACAGAAGCUGCCUCCCCUCCCCAGCUGCAGCGCUGCCCCCCUCUGGUUCCUCCCGCGCCACGACCUGCUCGUGGACACGCGCAGCAUUCGCUACUAGUUCACCGCGCAGCUGGAGGACGAGCUGCGGGCCCCCCCUCCCCGGCGCUGCACUCGACGUUCCAACCUUCCGCGUGCGCCGCCUGGCCCAGGCCUUCCAGCGCUCCGGCCACCUGGCGCGGCCCGGCGCCGACCGCCGCACUAGGUUCCGGAUCUGGCCUGGCUGCCCUGCCCCUCUCUGGUCAACGCGCUCCUGCACCAGGACGCGGCCGCCGGACCUCGGUUUCCUCUCUGCGCGCGGGAGCGUCGGGCCCACCGCGCUUUGUGCCGACAUCACCCAGACGCUGUCGCUGCUGCUCCUUGCGCCUCAGUCUCCCCCUUCCUCGAUGGGAAGAGCCACUCUUGCCCACCUCUGCAUCUGUCAGGGUUUGGCCCUUUCGGGCCCUCGGUCUCCCCACCUGCCCGAUGGGAAGAGCCACCCUUGCCCACCUCUGCAUCUGGCAAGGUUUGGCCCUGUCUGCACCUCGGUCUCCCCAUUUGCCCAGCCGACAGAAACUUCCCUCUUCCCGCCCUCUGCCUAGUUUGGAAGGGGAUGCAGGCGGGUCGGCCAGUGGGAAGAGGACGGAUUGGGCGCGCCCGUUCCUUGUGGGACUUCGGGCAAAGACAGCCUCGCCUAGCCUCGUCUACUAAUCAAUCUCUGUCCCAGAGAACAAACUGUUCCCGUAGGGGAUGGGAAGGGAGCGGGGGGCAGGGGGCGGGCUGUGUGGUUCCCGCGCCCUCGGCCC